AUGAACCAUGACAAGACAAAUGUACUGUCACAUCAGCUUCAGGCCAUGAAAAUGCCUGAUUUGAUCAUUAAACAAUCUCAGUCUCCUCAGCACCAUACAACUCAGUCCUAUUGUCCGCUCUCGCUCCGUCCUCCGACAUUGGAAUCUCUCUGUGACACAUCAACCGAUUAUCUAGACAUAUUUGUGGAUUUAAAAAGUAAUAGCCAAAAACCCACUAAUACAAUAGAAUCCAUUCCAGGUGAGCGCUUUAACCCUCUGCUUGGUGACACUAUCAUCCAAUUUGCUAAUAUCUGA